AAUGUAGGCGAGUUCAUUGGAGUCUAGCUGUGACUGAGGAUGAGGAGUAGCUUUAAGCUUUGUGAUUAACAUUUAUUUUAAUUUCGAAAGUGAGAUUUUCAAGAAAAUGGCAUGGAGCAUUGUUAUGUAUUGGUUAUUGGUAUUGAAUCUACUGCUCACUGUUGGACACUGAAUAGUUUGAACGGCUUAUAUAGCCUUGGUUAGAACAGUGAGAUGCUUUACAAAUCAAAAUGCUUGAAAAAAUGGUCGUAUCUUUAGUGUUUUGAAGGCUCUUUGAACUUACCUUUUAUUGGUGUUAUAGAUUGGAGUGUUAAAUGUUCAAUGUGGCAAUCAAAUAAGGAUGGUUCUAGUAUGAAUAAUGUUAGAAAGUAGGUAACUUGGCGUUCCAUAAGUAGUGCGAGAGCGGAUGCCACACAAAAGUUUUCCAACCAAGGAGAGGUGCUGUAGUUUUGUAGGUUGUAGAUUGUAGGUUAGGUUAGGUCAGGCUAGGAUUGUUUUGGUUCGGUUAGAAAGAAGCAUCUCCGGGUAUAGCGCAUCUCCUUGGUUGGAAAACCUUCAUGUGACAACAACCAGGUAGGUACCUACUCUACUAAUACCUUGCUUUUUUGGCAUAAGCUUAAUUUCAGAAAUUCAAGCUGUAUGUUUUUCAUUUCCUGUUCAAAUGUGGUGGUCACACUUCAGAUUCAGUUAUUCUACUGCUCACCUGGAUUUUUCAUCCUAAAAUUUUUCGCUAAAAAUUCCAGAGCAAGAGCAGACGGCCUGCCGCAGAUACUCAGAAUUUUAUGCUAUUCUACGAAAGACUGCUGUUGCUCGGUCACCUCAAGCUAUACCCAUUGGAAUGGGAACUAAUGUUCAUUGCAGUUUCAUUUGCUAACUCAGAUUACGAUUUUUUAAACAAUGUUACUGAUCACACAAACAGUUUUUCAAUCCAUUCAAAGUUGACUGCAAAGUGCAAAAUUACUAUUUUGAUUUUGUUAUCAGAUGACAUUUAUUCAUUGUGUAAAUUGUCAUUCCAGGUGAUUUCUCAGUGAAACUCAGAAGGAGGACUCUCCAACUCAACAACUAUGAGUGUCAGGAGUGGGGCAGCCAAUGACAAAGCCACUGAUAUUCUCUCUGGAGGCAACAAAAACAACAGCACAAAGAUCAGUCAAGAGGCUAUGACCGAGGAGGCCCUCUUGGCUAAAGGUGUGAUCACACCAGAGGACGUGCUCCGGCUGGAUAACAUUACACAAAACUACCUGUGCGCUCCUGAGGCCAAUGUUUACGAGAUUGACUUCACGCGGUUCAAGAUACGUGAUCUAGACAGCGGCGCAGUGCUUUUCGAAAUCGCUAAACCUACUGUUGAAUUUGAGCCAGAGGAGGGUGGUGAGUCGGAAGAGCUGGACCACAACGCUGGCCGCUUCGUGCGCUACCAUUUCACGCCCAAAUUUCUCCAGUUGAAGGCAAUUGGCGCCACUGUGGAGUUCUCCGUCGGUGACCAGCCUGUGAAUAAUUUCCGAAUGAUCGAGCGCCAUUUCUUCCGCGGAAAACUCCUCAAGACGUUCGACUUUGAGUUUGGCUUCUGCAUUCCGAACUCGCGAAACACUUGCGAGCACAUCUACGAGUUUCCCAGCAUCGGUCCCGACACAGUGGAGGAAAUGAUCCGACACCCGUACGAGACGCGCUCGGACAGCUUCUACUUCGUCGACAACAAGCUCAUCAUGCACAACAAGGCUGACUACGCGUACAACGGCUAGCGUGCUGUCGACGGCGCACCGACCGCUCGAAGCGACCUCUGACGCCGGGUCAGACCGGUAGGCGGGCGGAGGGUGGUCUCUGGUGGGUGGCACCGAUCGGGAUGAGGUCGGGACGGGGUCCGGCGGGGAGGGUGAGAGCCUGUCUGGGGGUGUGGGUGGGUCUACCGAACGGGUGGUAUCACAGUGUGCGUGGGUGUGACAGCUAGCCAGUUGGAGGUGCCUGUCAGAUUGAGUGGAUCGCUCCCCUCGGGUACGGUUGACACCAGAGGCCGCUAGCGCCGUCUCCGUGCGCGGGCACGGCCGACCUUGGCGCUGUCUGGUUUCCCUGGUUUCUGAGCUCCGUCCACUGGCGUGGUAUGGUGGGCUGAAAGCAACCCUCUCCCAGUGCUGGGCGGCUGCCGCUGGUCUGCUGGACAGAAAGUACCCCUCCCAGACUGCUGGGCGGCGGCUCAGAAGUGCUGGAGGCAGGUUCACCAACGCUACACGCUCCCCAGCACGGACUACUGGGCCCCACUGGGCGCACUCACCAGUCCUGCACCUUCACACAUGGGUUGGUUUCCACCGCGGUCGGUACCCUGCGCGGUAUUCCCCUGCGCGAAGCAGGGUAAUAUGUGGCGUACCCGCUGUCUUGGUCCACAUUGCCUCCACCGUCUUGAAAUGAGGAUAUGCCGCUUACGAAGACAUAAGGUUCCAAAGAGCAGAUUUCUAAGACUGGCGACUGGCCACAUUGUUCUGCAAUAUCGGACGCUGGUGUGGAUGAUUUUAUAAUAUUUUGUUAUUUAUUUGUGCACAUCUUGAGCAUGAGAAGCGGUGGUGCUGGUGAUCGUUCUAUGAUAUUUUAAGAUGUUUAUUUCCAGAGGUACGAGAGGUACGCUCUAAUUAUUCUAUAUUGGUCAUUGUGUUGAUGUGUAUGUCAGGCUGGCUGGUGUCCUGUGCAUGUUUUGUAGCGCUGUUGUGACACAAACACAGACACACACUCGCAGCUACCUUAGGCCGGCGUUCGUUUCAUCUGAUCUCUCUGAUGUGUGAUGUGGAAAAUGUUAACAGGCUAUGGUAAUGGGGCGGCAGUGAUCGCUUUCCAUCCACACUUGUCGCGCCGCCAUACCUGUCAUACACACGCACAUACCUACACGAAACACGCAUACACAUACACCAUUCCGUCCUGUCGGCGCUGGUCCGGCGCGGUUGUCAUGGCGACGGGUAGCACUAGGUCACGUGCUGUUGUUUGGGGAGCACCCCACGUGUCAGAUCGAGCUACACUGAAUCGGCCGAUAUUCGUGUGUUAUUGUGAAGGCUGUCUACGCCGAAAUCCAAAGCGUGCUUUGGAAUAUACUGCACAUUCUAUUCA